AUGAUUUUCAAUUUUAAAUUUAAAGAAAUCGUAAUGGUUUAUAAACAUAAUCUAUUAAUUGUUUUUUUGAUAUUUUUUUUGUUUCACAAAACUAUUUGGGCUUCAAAUUCAACACUGCAUUUCUAUAAUAACGAAGGAAAUUUUGAUCUUAAUAUAGAUCAUUUUCAAAGCUCUGAAUUUCUAAAUAACGAUUUUGAUCAACAAGUGACUUUGAAUUAUGACUGUAAAUCUCUAUUCGAAUCAAUUUACUUUGACAGAAAUGCAGGAAAACUUAUCAGCCUAAUAUAUUACUUAGGAAUCCUUGAUAAAUACCAAGAGUUAUCUGAAACGAAUGAUUAUUUACUAGAGUAUAUUAAGGAAGAAGGCCUCAAUUAUUCAAAUAGGGAAAAUCUAACAUUGAAUAAAAAAUUAAUUGUUUUUUUUGAAGGGAGGCGUAUAACAGGAAAUAAGAUAAAUUUAGGAGAGUGUAAAGUAAAUAAAGAUACAGGAAUAUCACUAUUUAAUAUUGGUGAAUCACUUUUACAUUCUGCAGUUAUUUCUGGAAGAUUUAAUGUUGUAAUUUUAUUAUUGCUUACCGGAAUUGAUGUAAAUAUUAAAUUAAGAAAAAACGAAGAAAGUGAUUUACCUAUUUUGGGCUCUAUUGGUGGGUAUAUAGGAGAUUUGGAGGGAAUGACGGCUCUCCAUUAUGCUUCUCUUGUCCAAGAUCUAGAAUCAAUUAAAAUUUCUAAGUUGCUUUUGAAAUUUGGUGCAAACCCUAAUGAAAAGGAUAAAUAUAGAAGAACUCCUCUACAUACAGUUGGGCUAUCCCGAAAUUUACAUCCAAAAAGAAUGGCUUCCUUGCUUCUAGGGGCUGGUGCAAAAAUUAAUACGAAAGACUUCUCAAAAUUUACUCCACUCCAUGUUGCUGCAUCACGAAACAAUAUUCCAAUAGUCAACCUUUUGAUUUCUUUUGACAGUAACAACAUAAAUCAUAACUCAAUAGAACAUUCCGUUGAUUAUGAUGGAAAUACUCCUCUUCAUAUUGCUGCAAUCUAUAAUUCUGGAGAUAUAAUACCGUUAUUAAUUAGAAAUAAAGAAGAUUUACUAAAGGGAAAUUAUCGUGGAUUGUCUCCGUUAGAACUUUCUGCAUUCCCUAUUGGUUUUAGAGCAUUGGACACAUCUGAAGUACCUCCAAUGUCGUUCUCUGCAAUCCAGUCUAGAAUUAAUUCCGAAAUGUUACAGGGAGAAUAUAUGGAUAAACUGAAUGAAUCAUAUUAUAAUACAAUUAAAGGUGGGUAUUUACUAAUACUUCAAAAAAUUAUAUUUACAAUGAGUUCAAAUUUAAAUAACACUUCUAGGCGAGCUUUAGAUAUUAAUAAAGGCAUUAUUCUUGCAGAAAAAAAAGGAAAUUCAAAAAUAUCAAAAUAUUUGAAAUCAUUUGGGUUCACAAUCGUUUGUCCAAACCCCCCUGGCGUUGCAAAUUCAAGUUACAAAUUAAGCGAUACAGUCAUAGGAAAUAAUAUUCGUGUGGGGGAUACAGUUACAUAUGAAUGCUAUGAUGAUUUUGAGCUGGUUGGCUUUUCCACACUAACAUGUAACCUAAGUGACGAUAAUGCAUUUUAUAUCCCUGAAGUCCCUACUUGCGUGGCAGUUACUAAGAAGAACAAGGUGGUAGAUGAAAAUAAAAGUUAUCCGCUUUAUAUUUUCAUUUUAGUUGGUAUUGCAAUCAUUAUUCUACUGAUCUCAUCAAUAGUACUGGCAAAUUCAUGGAAUAAAAGACGGAAAAACAGGAUUUAUGAGCAUCUAUAUAAAGAGAUUUAA